GGGAGACCCCCAGGCUUCACAGAGGGUGGACAAGGAGCAGCAAGCUCUGCUCUCGGGUCAGCAGGCCUGGCCUGUGAACAGGCCCCGCCUGUUACGACCAGCUUUGUGUGUCUUUGGCUAAGUUCCUGUAUGGCUGUGGAACUCAGAUCUUCAACUGAAAAAUGAACCCCCAAAGCCCUGGCUGUGCCCACAGGGGAAAGCGGCUGUGAGGUGCUUUCUGUGUGGUGACCGCCACGGUGUGCGUGUGGGGUGCCUGCUAUUCCUUUUGGAUGAGCCUCCCAGCAAGAGGUGAGAGGGAAGAGGCCCGACAGAAGGGACUCGCUGAGCCACCCCGGCUCCGCUCCAUGUUGGCUGUGCUGUCAGGCUGGCGCCAUGCCCCCCCCAGCAGAGGUGACGGACCCGUCCCAUGCCCCCGCUGUCCUGCGCCAGCUCAACGAGCAGCGGCUCCGUGGCCUCUUCUGUGACGUCACCCUCAUAGCUGGAGACACCAAGUUCCCUGCUCACCGCAGUGUCCUGGCUGCUUCUAGUCCCUUCUUCAGAGAGGCCCUGCUGGCUUCAGCUCCUCUACCGCUCCCACCAAUUACUGGGGGCUCAGCUCCCAACCCUGCCACCACCACAGCUGCCUCCUCUUCCUCGUCCUCCUCCUCCUCCUCCUCUUCCUCCUCCUCCUCUUCUUCCUCUUCUUCCUCUUCUUCGUCCUCCCCCUCCAGCCUCGCCUCCUGCUUCAUCCCCACCCCCGGGUCCCUAGAGCUGCCAGGGGUCCCAGCAGCUGCCUUCUCUGAUGUCCUCAACUUCAUCUACAGUGCCCGGCUGGCACUACCUGGCGGCGGAGGGGAUGGGGCAGCUGUGGCAGAGAUUGGAGCUCUGGGGCGGCGUCUGGGCAUCUCCCGCCUGCAGGGCCUUGGGGAGGGAGGUGAUGCUUGGAUACCUCCUGCCCCAGCCCCCAUGGCCACCUCACAGCCUGAAGAGGACAGCUUCGGGCCUGGGACUAGGCCAGCCAGGGAGUGGGAGGGUGACAGGGCUGAGGCUCAGGCCCCUGACUCACAGCCCCUGCUGCCCCGGCGGCCCCUCCCCUGCCCCCGCUGUGGGAAAAGCUUCAUCCAUCCCAAGCGGCUGCAGACCCAUGAGGCACAGUGCCGUAGGGGGGCUGGCACUCGGGGGUCUGCAGUGGUGGGAACUGGGGGCUCUGGCCCCAGUGGCCCUGCAGGAGUCGAUGCCUCAGCCCUGCCCCCACCGGUGGGCUUCCGAGGUGGCCCUGAGCAUGUGGUGAAGGUGGUGGGUGGCCACGUGCUCUACGUGUGCGCAGCCUGUGAGCGUUCCUACGUGACCUUGUCCAGCCUGAAGCGGCACAGCAAUGUCCACUCGUGGCGGAGGAAGUACCCCUGCCGCUACUGUGAGAAGGUGUUCGCCCUGGCUGAGUACCGUACCAAGCAUGAGGUGUGGCACACCGGGGAGCGCAGGUACCAGUGCAUCUUCUGCUGGGAGACCUUUGUCACUUAUUAUAACCUGAAGACCCACCAGCGAGCCUUCCAUGGCAUCAGCCCGGGCCUCCUAGCCAGUGAGAAGACGCCCAAUGGAGGCUAUAAGCCCAAGCUCAACACCCUCAAGCUGUACCGCCUGCUCCCCAUGCGGGCAGCCAAGCGGCCCUACAAGACCUAUAGCCAGGGAGCCCCCGAGGCCCCCCUUUCUCCAAGCCUCAACACCCCAGCCCCUGCAGCAAUGCCGGCCAGCCCACCAUCCGGACCCCCACCUGCCCCAGAACCUGGCCCCCCACCUUCUGUCAUCACUUUUGCCCACCCGGCUCCCUCUGUCAUUGUCCACGGGGGCAGCAGCAGCGCUGGGGCGGGGAGUGGGCCGGCCAGCACAGGGGGUGCCCAAGCCGCCUCAGUCAUCACUUACACUGCUCCCCCGAGGCCCCCCAAAAAACGUGAGUACCCACCUCCUCCCCCAGAGCCUGCAGCCACACUGACCAGCCCAGCCACAGCCGGCAGCCCAGCAACGGCCGCAGGGCCCGCCACAGCUGCAGAGGAGGCCAAGGGCCGGAACCCACGGGCCGCGAGGACUCUGACUUACACGGCCAAGCCAGCUGGCGGGAUUGGUGGGGGUGGGGGUCCCCCUGCAGGGCCUGGCCGGGGCCCCUCCCAGCUACAGGCUCCACCUCCACUGUGUCAGAUCACUGUGCGAAUCGGUGAGGAGGCCAUUGUAAAGCGCCGCAUCUCAGAAACUGACCUACGUCCUGGGGAGCUAAGUGGAGAGGAGAUGGAGGAGAGCGAGGAGGAUGAUGAGGAGGAGGACGAGGAUGAAGAGGAGGACGAGGAGGAGGAUGAGGAGGAGGAGUCGAAGGCCGGUGGGGAGGACCAGCUCUGGAGGCCCUACUACUCCUACAAGCCCAAGCGCAAGGCCGGAGCUGCAGGCCCGGGCAGCAGUGGGGGCAGCGGGAUGCCCAGAGGCCGCCGGCCACCUCGCUGGAAACAGAAGCUGGAGCGAAGGAGCUGGGAGGAGACUCCGGCGGCCGAGGGCCCCGCAGGGCAUGCCCGUGGCGAGUGGAGGCACCGCUGCGGGGACUGUGCCCAGACAUUCACCACCCUGAGGAAGCUGCGGAAGCACCAGGAGGCCCAUAGCGGGGGCUCCCACAACUCCCGGGCUGGACGUAAGCCUUCCACCCGCUUCACCUGCCCUCACUGCGCCAAGGUGUGCAAGACGGCAGCAGCCCUGAGCCGCCAUGGGCAGAGGCACGCAGCCGAGCGGCCCGGGGGCACCCCCACACCUGUCAUUGCCUACUCCAAGGGCAGCGCUGGCACCAGACCUGGGGAUGUCAAGGAGGAGGCCCCCCAAGAGAUGCAAGUCUCUUCAUCCAGCGGGGAGGCAGGUGGCGGGAGCGCUGCUGCUGAGGAAGCUUCCGAGACCGCCUCACUCCAGGACCCUGUCAUCUCAGGGGGUGAGGAGCCCUCAGUGGUGGCAGGAGGGGGCACCUAUGCUUACCCACCUGUUCAGGAAUUUCCCCUGGCUCUGAUUGGGAGCGGCCGGGAAUCUGGCAGUGGCAGGGGAAAACCUGGGAGUGAGGGGCCACUAGGGGCUGGGGAGGGGGACCGGCUGGAGGGGAUGGGGGCUGCCAAAGUCACCUUCUACCCUGAGCCCUACCCACUCGUCUAUGGCCCCCAGCUCCUUGCCGCCUACCCUUACAACUUCAGCAACUUGGCCGCUCUCCCAGUUGCUCUUAACAUGGUCCUACCUGAUGAGAAGGGUGGGGGGGCCCUUCCCUUCCUACCAGGGGUCUUUGGCUACGCAGUCAAUCCUCAAGCAGCACCCCCUACCCCCCCAACUCCACCCCCUCCAACUCUUCCUCCACCAGUGCCCCCUAAGGGAGAAGGGGAAAGGGCAGGGGUUGAAAGAACCCAGAAGGGAGAUGUGGGUUGAGCUCUGGGUCCAGAUUCCCCCUUUCACCAGAUGCCACCCUCCCUGAACCCCCGCCACUACCAGCUCCUUGGCCUCCUUGCCCCUUGGGAGCCCCUCCACAUGCUUGUGCAGGGACUUGGGGGCCUCUGGAGCUCAGGGGUCAGGCUGCUUUGUGUGAGAUUGUAGUUUUCCCAUCUCCUGGGAAGGGAUCUUUGGUGGUUCCCCUCUCAGUUCUCCUCCAGGGAAUGGCUUCCAUGACAGGCAGGGCCAGCUCCCAUCCCUUCUCCAGCCCUUGGGGCAACUGAGCAAUAUACUUAUAUGAAUCUCUACUCACGGCUCCCACCAGCUCUGAAUGUCUAACCCGCCCCCCUGAUUCGUAAACCUAGGGGGAAACCAUCUCUCUCACCUAACGAUCCCCCCUCAUUCUGAUGCUUUCUCUAAGCCCUUGCCCAGAUGCUUCCUAGCACAUUCCAUUCUUUGUGGCCCAGGGCCUGGACCAGACCAUUGUGAUACCUGACAGCCCCCUACCUGGGAGUGUGGCUCUGGACUCCAUUCUUCCCAAGGCUGGGUUUCUGUGUCCCUGUUUCCUUCACAUGAAGAUGCCAUGCCUUUCUUGGCUUCCAUGCCUUUGGAUCUUCCAUAUUGCUCCUUAUACUCCUAGACUCUGGGGAUGGCCUCUCCCAAUCCAGGUCAAGGAGGUGCUGGGGGCAGGGUUACCUGUCUGUUCCAUGGCUGAGUACUUUCUCAGCCCAGGGCAGCACCAAUCUCAGCCCUACCUUGGCCCCCAAAUCUAGUGAGCCCCAGACUCUUCCAAGGCAAAAGAGUUGAGUAGACUGCACCUCUUCUUGCCUCUACAUAUGGCCUCUUCUGGGCUAAACCAGAUUUGGGGGCCAGGAGGGAGGAGCUCUAUAUGGGAUGGGGAAGGGAAUCUACUUUCUCCCUGUUUUUUCCCGAUGGUUUCUCCCAGACUAGACCAAAUAGCCAGAAAAAUGAUGGGGGUUGGAUGGGUGGGUAAGCCCAAGAUUUGCACAUGACCUCCCAUCCUUACCUUCACCCCCAUCUUCCCCAGGAUCAUUUCCCUCACCAGUCACUCCAGAUGGUUUUUUGGGGAACCAUCCUACCCCCUUGGUGGGUUUUGGGGUAUCCCCACCAACUUUCCCUGCAAAAUAGCACCUUAUACCCCAUCUUUGACUCAGUUCCCCACACCCAAAGAUCCCAGCCUAGGGAUGGGGUACAGGGACCUUAUACGUCCCUAAUCCCUAAUUUGCACUAGUUAACCCUGGUCAGGGGUCCCUAUGUUUCCUUCCAGUGGGGGAGUUGAAGAAAUGUUUGCUCCUAAUUCCCUUUGAUAACUGGGCCUCCCCACUCUGUGACUGAAUGAACAUUUCCCAUCCAUCCACCUCUCCCCAGGAAAAAACAGCCCACACGGGGAGAGCCAGUUUAGGGGAGCAAAUGUGAUAAAUGGGAAUUAGAGGAGUGCAGUUUAAAAAGGGGAAAAGCUGUUGUCAUCAAAAUGGCAGCCUUUUUCCCAGCUACUGUUUUCUGGGGCCAAGAUGGCUGCCCUCUCAACAGAUGCUCAAAGGGCAAGAUCAUGGCUUUUGGAGGGAGGUGGUUUUGGCGGAGGGACAGGAGCAUCCUGCCUUGUCUCACCCUCCCAGCAUAUGGAAAGGGGAGGUUUCGACAGGCUCCCUGAAUGUUAACCACGGAGGAGUGGCGCUCCUUCACUCCUCCUCUGUCUCUUUGCACUUUUCUUGGUCUUGGCCACAAUCCGAGUGAAGAGUUUCCUACUGAAUGUACCAAGUUCCAAUUUUUAAGGGGAAGAAAAGUUUAAAACAUGGGAAAAUGCAAAAAAAAAUCACUAAAAAAUUCCCACAAAUCUUGUUUCUGGCACUUUAGAAAAACUGCGGGGAAAAAAAGUACAUAAUAAAGAAUACAUAUAUAUAUCUACACACAAAUUAUAUAUAUAUUUACACAGCGGAACCACAAGAGAGACUGAGGAAGGCCUUGGAGGCAGGGGGCAGGUGUGAUGACAGUCCCCCUAUAUCCUUAACCUGCACUCCUAUGAGGCAGAAAGGCACAGGAAACAGAAGGGGUUGAGGAUAGACCAGGGAAUUUGAAUUUCAUAACAGGUCAAAAUUCUGAAACCAUGGACAUUUUGGGAGAACUGAGAUUGUAGACAUUUAUUUUUUUGAAAAUAUGAUUUAGGAAAAUAGUUUCCAGAAUUUGGUGGUUCUGGGCAACAAAGGAGAUUGUGGCGAAAAGGAGAUUAAAAUAUAUGUAUCUGAGCUGGGGAACUUGAAUAUUGUGAAUUUCAGGUGUUGGAAAUUUGGGAUUUGGCAAUUUCAUCUUUUGAAAAUGAUCAAGUCUUGUCAGUCUGUGCCCUCUUUCCCCAUGUUCCCUGGGAAGAAGGGUGACGGUGGAGUGGGAAGGCCACUGGUUCUGUGCCACAGCACGCAAGAUUUAGAAUUCUACAGACUCUAGCUCUAUACGUAGUGAGGACCCAGAUUUAGAGAAACUGACCAAUAUUUAUCUCCGCAUUUGUGUGUGUGUCCAACUCUCUAGGCCAAUAAACCAACAAGACAAACAAA